AUGGACAAACCACGAAAAACUCCCGAGGACUAUCAAACGCUCUUUGACAAACUAGAUAUUGAUAAAAAAGGGAAGAUCACGUUUCUGGAUUUCAAGAAUGCCGUGAAGACUCUCAACCAUCCAGUGGGAGAUAAUGCGAGCCUAUUGAAAGAAGUUUUCCAAUCGUUUGACUCAAACAAAGAUAAUAUCAUAGACUUCAACGACUUCAAGCUAUAUUUAACAACUACAGAUGAUCAGAUUUUGAAAGGCUUUAACAAGAUCGAUCAGGAUAAUGAUGGCAAAUUGACCAGGGCAGAUUUCAUUAAUUACCUAAAAAAGACUCUCAAUCUUAGCCCGUCGGAUCGAAUUAUCGAUGAGGUAUUUAGCAAGUUCGAUCACAAUUGCCAGGGCUACAUCACCUAUGACGAGUUUCGUGAUUUCUUGCUUUUGAUGCCUCGUUUGCAUGGCUCAAGAAUCAGAACAGCAUACACUUAUCUAGCAGAAGAGCUUGAUCUUUCCGCAGACGGUGACGUCACUUUAAUUAACUCCUUCUUUAGUGGGUUCGGCUUCUUCUUGGCCGGCGGACUUUCCGGAGUGGUAUCAAGAACAUGUACCGCUCCAUUCGAUCGUAUCAAGGUCUUCCUCAUUGCCAGGACUGACCUCUCAUCUACAAUCAUGCAUAAUAAAAAGAUGUUAGCCGAGCAGGUGGCUUCAGGUGCAUCUCGUCAGGCUAUUGAAAAGGCUAGAGAGAAACUACUCCAAUCUGAACGCGAGGCGCGUAUAAAACAGGCAGAAAAGCCCUUGCAUAAAACUAUCAGAUCACCCAUGAAUCAAGCCAUAAGAACUCUUUGGAAACAAGGUGGGCUCCGAGCUUUUUAUGUUGGAAAUGGUUUGAACGUAAUGAAAGUUUUUCCUGAAUCUGCCAUGAAGUUCGGAUCUUUUGAAGCGACUAAACGAAUCUUCGCAAGAAUUGAGGGCGUUGAUGAUACAUCUAAACUUUCCAAGGUUUCUACAUACUUGGCAGGAGGAAUGGGAGGUGUAGCAGCCCAAUUUACGGUAUAUCCAAUUGAUACCUUGAAAUUCAGAGUUCAAUGCUCCAAUAUUGAUUCCAAACUCAAAGGUAAUGCACUACUCAUAGAUCAAGCAAAGCAAAUUUAUAAGGAAGGGGGUCUUCGCAUGUUUUAUAGAGGAAUCUUUGUGGGAUUGAGCGGAAUGUUCCCGUAUGCGGCUCUUGAUUUGGGUACUUUUUCGACAAUUAAGACAUUACUCGUGAAGAGAGAGGCUAAAAAACUUGGUAUCUCCGAAGAAAACGUUCGCUUGCCAAAUUACAUGGUUCUUUCGUUAGGCGCUAUUUCGGGAACCUUUGGGGCCACUGUUGUGUACCCCAUUAACUUGUUGAGAACAAGAUUACAAGCCCAAGGUACUUAUGCACAUCCUUACAAGUACAAGGGAUUUAAGGACGUUUUUCAAAAAACCGUUGCACGCGAGGGUAUUCCAGGGCUUUUCAAGGGGCUCGUUCCUAAUUUAGCAAAAGUUGCUCCAGCAGUCUCGAUAAGUUACUUCAUGUACGAGAACUUGAAGAAUUUGAUGGGCCUUGACAACAAGCUCGACUAG